CACAUAAAAAAUUACACAAGAAAACAAUAACAGUACAUACAAUAGUAUUUCAGGUUAUUGUCCUGAACUGGGUUUAAAUUAUCGGCAACAUCUGAUACUUAUGAAACCAUUAUAUAUGCCGCUUUGUGGUUCACAAGACCCUUACCGAAGCAGCAAUGGGGACUAUAUAUAAAUCGGCGGCCGGGAGAGUACUGAAUACGGUAGAGUAGCAGAGCGGAGUGGAGAAUAGUGCAGUCAAGUGCAGCAAAGGUAAAUAAAUUAGUGCAUUUCUUUUUGU